AUGGAAGAGUCUCCGUCACACUCCACCGCCGGAUGUCUCGAGCGAGAGAGUCGCGGGUGUAGGAGCACGAGUGCGGUGACGCCGAAAGAUCCGCAAACAGUGGGGGGAUUCGGGAAUAUGCCGGAGAGAGUGUACGACGCACCGCCAAGAGUCUCGUCAUUUUUCAUUGAGGACUUGCUUCGCUCCAGCAAGAAGGAUGACAAAAAGACUACCACUGAGAGCAGACGCGUCUGCACAGACCGGAGUAUUUAUGACCACGCAAGUAGAAGGCACUGCUACCAAGUUCAAAGCCAAGAGCAAAAUCUCGGGUCAUGUUUGACAGUGGACGCACACAUAUCUAAGUGGCAUGGAUCACCACAUUGUAGCGACCUAAGAUGCACCAAGAGCCCAGUGGGUCACACAGAGAUCUCCAGCCACCAGUGCAAUGUGUCAGAAAACCGAAAUUCGUCGUUUGUGUCCGAAGAAACUGAGGAUCACGAGGAAAACGAGGGAUGUAGAGAGAGUCUUGGCGACGAGAAAGACGACGACAACGACUUACACUCCCCAGGCAUCGCACGAGCAGACGAAGAGGGCUCCGGAGGGAAGUCGGGCCGCAAGAAAAAAACCCGCACGGUGUUCAGCCGGAGUCAGGUGUUUCAGCUGGAGUCCACGUUCGAUGUGAAACGUUACCUGAGCAGCGCUGAGCGCGCGGGGCUGGCGACCUCCCUCCACCUGACCGAGACGCAGGUAAAGAUUUGGUUCCAGAAUCGGCGGAACAAAUGGAAGAGACAAGUCGCGGCCGACAUCGAGGCUGCUAACCUAUGCUACUCGACCCAGAGAGUAGUCAGGGUGCCGAUCCUGUAUCACGAACACCCGGGCCCUGUCGCGCUCAGCCUGCGCUCAGCACAGGCAUCUCCGCCUUUGGUUAGAUUUCCCGGCAGUGUGAAUUAUUCCCUCUCCUCCCUCACACCUCCCUUCCCGUUUGUAAGGUCACAGAUGACAGGUCUCGUGUGACGCCACAGAGCCAAAAUGGACACACAUAAUGUGUUUAUCAUACUGAGUGUCGAACUAAGUGCAA